GACAGCUACAGACAGCUACAGAAUUUAGAAUUAAGAAUUAAGAAUUUGAUAUUGGUCAAAAGAACAAGGUUUAAGUUUUACGAGCCGAAAAACAAAAAGAAAUAUGGAUCUUGGUUGCUGGUGCGUAUCUUUACAAUCACAAAUGCCCGAUGGACUUUAUAGUGGGCUCAGCAUCCUUUCCAAAACAAACGUGGCCCACUCUUAGCAUGGCUAUGGAUACUUGACCGACCCGGAAUUUCCUUCUCUUUCACACUCUCUCUCUGUCCGUUAGAGAAUCCGAAAAGAAAUGGCUUCGGCUGAGAGGAACCUUCUCCUCAAUUUCUUAACUUUGGCUUCAUUGUCAAUUCUCUGUGCCGAUACAGCUUUUUCCAUUCGGAUUCCGGAUCGGAUCUCAAGCAUUCCCAGGGAACUAUCAGAACCGUCCCUGAAAACCGCGGUUUUAUCUCUCGGUAGCUUCUGGAGAUCGGAAGCCGUCUUCGGAUGUUUAAACGGUGUCGUUCGAACUACUGCUGGUUACACUGGUGGAUCCAAAAUCAACCCCGAAUACAGAAGUUUGGGCGACCAUGCCGAGUCUGUGUUGGUUGAAUAUGAUCCCAAGGCGAUUAAUUUCAGGCAACUUCUGGAGAUUUUUUGGUCUAGUCAUGAUCCAAGACAGGUAUUUGGCCAAGGUCCAGAUGUAGGUAACCAAUACAGGUCUAUUAUUUUUAUCAAUGGGACUGAAGAGGCUAGAUUAGCUUCCAUGAGCAAAGAAAGGGAACAAACCAAGUCUCGGAGCAGCAUUGUGACAACUCAAAUUCAACAACUUGGAUCAUUUUAUCCUGCAGAACCUGAACAUCAGAAAUUUGAGCUCAAACGCCAUCCAUUGCUUCUACAACUGAUAGGAAACCUGCCUGAAAAUGAGCUGGAGAGGUCAAGUCUGGCAGCCAAAUUAAACGGAUAUGCUGCAGAGCUUUGCCCCCCAAGGACUCAAAAACAGAUUGAUGCAAAGAUCAAUGAAAUUAUUAGAAAAGGUUGGCCUGUUUUGAGAGAUGUAUAGUUUAGUUGGCCAUUGGAUUCGAGCUUCAGACGAAUGAACUCAGUUUUGCUUCAUCAGGCUGGGCGACUUGAUUUUGUGGGUUCCAUAUAUGAUCUUAGCAUAUGUUGACUGUUUGGAUGGAAAUUGGAUUUAAUGUUAUAUUUUUGCAUAUUUAUAAUAAUAUUUUAAUGAUUAAAUACGUUUUGUACUUGUGAAA